AUGGUUUUUCUUUGGUAUGGGUCUGCUUUUUCUGGUGUAAGAACUGUACCUUCCCUUACAGAUCAAUCAAACAACGCUCAUGAGCGAGCUGCUCCUUACCUGCUCACUGCAAUAUAUUACGACAAGGACACCUCCGAACAAUCCAAUGAAUGUAAGUAA